AGAGAGAGAGGAGAGAAGAGGGAGAGCAGAACACAGCAGAGAAAAGAGGAAGCGCAGCUUUCAGCUUUUCCCUUUAAUUUGUGCUUUGCAGGAGAAGAAGCAGCAGCGCAGAAUUCGGGGAGACAUUUGGGAACAUGCAAGGUGCACGCUGACCAGAGAAAAUAUGUUGACACUGCCAUUCGAGGAAUCUCAUAUGAUGUGUGAGCCGCGAUUCGGUGCCAAUUUCCCCCGUGAAAGCUUACCUGAGAGCCUGGAGCAGGAGCGACAACACAACCCGGAGAGGUCCAACUCAGUCAUGAGGGAGGCUGAGGACGAGCUCUCCGACCGCGAGGACGACGAGAGGGAGGACGACCAGGAUGAGAACGGGCACCCUAAAAAGAGAGGCCCCUGGAAAAAGAAGCAGGGCAAGGAGCAGGUGGACCGGUCCAAAGUCCGGCGCCAUGAAGCCAACGCCCGGGAGCGCAGCCGCAUGCACGGUCUGAACGACGCGCUGGAGAGCUUACGUAAAGUUGUGCCCUGCUACUCAAAAACUCAGAAACUGUCCAAGAUUGAGACACUCAGACUGGCUAAAAACUACAUCUGGGCCCUGUCAGAGACUCUGAGUGCCGGGAAGAGACCGGACCUCCUUGCUUUCGUGCAGACUUUGUGCAAAGGAUUAUCUCAGCCAACGACCAACCUGGUGGCCGGGUGUUUGCAGCUCAACGCCAGAAAUUUCCUCACGGACCACAACGGGGAGGUCAUGUUCUCUGGCAGGUCGCCCUACGAUGCCGUGUAUCCGUACCCGGGCUCAGACGUGAACACGCCCCCCGGACACAGCGCGGGCAGCCUGGACGGCGGCGCCAAACCCUUUAGACACUACAACUACAGCGGCGCGUACGAGCCCUACUACGAGAACCCGUCCCCGGAGAGGAGCGCGAGCCCGCAUUUCGACGGCCAGCUGAGCCCCCCUAUGAACUUUAACGGGAUUUUCUCCCUUAAACACGACGAUCCACCAGACUACGGCAAAAGCAGUCACUAUGGCAUGCGCUACUGCGGUGCGCCAGGACGCACGGCUCUGGCGCACAACUCUAUGUACCGCGUCUCCCCAGAGGGCCGUUUCCCCUACGACCUGCACGUCCGCAGCCAGUCCUUUCAAGCACAAGGGGAAGUUAAUGGCUCUUUCCACAAUUAAUCAAUCAGCUGGACUAAGUUCAAGUUUUAGAAGCGAUGCAAUUUCCCCCUGCAGAUGUUCCUGACAAAUGGACUCCAGACACGCUGAUGCACUGCAAAAAAAAAAAAAACGUCCAUUUGAACAAGUCACUUUGUGUUAAAUGUUCAUACUUGUGUUUCUUAAAAAAUGACAAGUCUGCAGAUUGAAUAUGAUGUUUUCACUUGUUCCUAUUUCCUUUUCACCUUAAUUGUGUUGGUAAAGGCAGAGAAAACGAAAGAAAAUAUUUUAACACAAGUGAAUUCACUUAAUUCUGAAGGCAGUCCCCCUGAUUCGUUUCAGAAAAUUAACAUGUACUGUCAUGAUUCACUGACGAGUUUUCGUCUCCUGAAAACCGACAAAGUAUAAAACAUUUCGUUUCAGAAUCAGGUUCUUAUUAAGUAAAGUGCACAAUCUGUUUGUUAAUGACUGUGCAGCAUUUAUCAGUCAUGAUGUGGGAGAGAAGGACAAUUCUUUCUUUUUUUUGUGAGGAUUUAUUUGAUUGGGAUUACAGCAGUUAAGUGAGACGAUUAUUUGUGGCGAAAUAAUCAUGUAAAAGAAACAACCGGCGAAGAAAAAUCUCAAGUAUUUUGACAUCUUCAGGGAAGUUUUUCUGGAUGAUUGGAGUACACAGUUUCAGUCUUUUAGCAAUAAAAGGUCAAUUGAGCUAUGCAAGGCAGCCAAAUGCAAUCUUUGAUUUUAACAUAAUGAUAAAUAUAUAUUUACUCAUACAGGGCGUUUCUCAUUAACUCUUUUAAACGUUGACAAUUACAAAAAAAAAUUACUAAUAAAAAAAAAAAACAGAGGGACGUGCACGUGUUAAGGAGACCUGACGAUGAUGUCAUCAGAAAUGUCCUUUUGAAACAAGAAGUUUUGGGGGGGAAAAAGUGAAAUGCGUUUGUAUUUGGAGUAAAUAGUGUGGUAUGAGGUGAAUGUAAAUUAUUAUUGUAUUUAUUUAUUUAAGCUUAUUUAUUAUAAGUCCGUCCAUUUGAAUGUGGAAAUUAUAUUAUAAGAAUUAUUGUGAAAUCAGCAGUGUUACCUUUUCUGUAAAUUAGCAUACAUUUGAAACUUUGUUGUAAAGAUUUCACUGCAGCUGAAAGGAGGAGGACUGGAGGUAAAAAAUCAGUUUGUGUGACGUGAACAAAAUGUUUCACAUGCCUUAAAAAAAGAGGAGAUGAUGACCAUCAAUAUGCAACGAAAGGACAGUUUGUUUUGGAUAGUUUGAUGUAAACUUUUUACACUUCCUGGUUCUCGCUGUGACGCACUUCACGUGUUUCUGCACAAUGUUAGUGACUGUACUCUCAUAAAUUAUGUUGCUUUUGUAUCUUUAACACGAAUGACGAAUGAUGAUUAUUGGAUGGUAUUUAUAAUUUGUAUUUCUUACACACACACACACACACACACACACACACUUACACUAUCUCUGUUGUGUACUCUUGACACACACGCACACAUCCCUCAGAAGAACUCGUUAUGGAUCGAAAUCCUCGUGAAGUAAUGUGUUAAUGUUUUGUGAUGUGUUUGUCGCAAUAAAAUGGAGAGGCUUUAUGUUGGA